UCGGAAACGUAUGUAUAUGUAAAUGUUGUAUUCCUAUUGCACGGGCACAACGUAAAGUCCAGUGACCACAAAAAAACGAGGUAGACACAUCAUAGCAGCUGCGGGUGUAGAAAUGGCGCAUUUACCACCAGGAGAAGAUCGUUCUGUCGAAGAUGAAAGGAAUGACGAUUCAGAUGGGCGUCAGCCACGUGGUCGUGAAGGUCGACGUGUAAGUGCAAGAAGUACAACAAGGAGAGUCACGAUGGACGAGAGCACACCUAGCGGCCGCGUCGAGGAAGGACACGAUAAUGCUCAAGACGAUCCGAAGAAAAACUCAAGUUUUUCGUGGGAUGCUGCAGACGACGAUGCGACUACGACGUCACCGCGUACCGUAAGAUCACCUAGUGUGCAUGGGGGAAGAAUAGCGUCCUUUGCUACCUCAUCUCGGAGCAGCAGUGGGACCAGCUUACCAGGAAUUGUGUCAUCUGGACACGAGGAAAGAGACGGAGACGGUUCGGUAUUUCCGGUGCUGCCUCUUGCGCAGCAUGGAGCUACUAUUACUAGCACAGACUCUGCCAGCCGUGCUCGUGCUGUGGGGCAAAGCCUAGUCGACGAAGAUGCUGUCAAGAUGGAAACACGAUCACAUUCAUCGAGUUCAAUUCAGGAUCCGGACGAGCCAGCAUCAAGCACAACUGCUGGAUCCAUGCCCUCGCUUAUCACGCCAACCCAGCGUGAUCCUGAGGCAGGAGGCUCUCGAGUUGGAGACUCACUGUGGUCUUCAGAUAUAUCAAAUGGCGACAAAUUUGGUUUUCCUUACAACAAUAUAAUUCCAAUCACAAGCAGGACAGCCACAACAGGCACAACAAGGCCGAUUCCUGCAGUUAGAGUCCUCACUCCUGCCGACGUUGGUGAAAUGGACCUUGCUGUGUGUGUUGGCAUUUUGGUGUUCUGUUUAAUGACCACUCUGUGCAUGCAUAAAUGCAAAGGAUUCGUCCGUUUUGGCAUGGCUUUCUUCUCCGUGGCGCUCGCCAGUAUAGAGCUGCCACAGAGCCUUGGCCUCACGCUGCCGCGCUUGCGUGAAACGGUAGUCUUCGCAGAUCUUCAGGAAGGAGGAUACCUAGCACUCCUUAUCCUGAUGCUAGUGACUCUGUCGCUAUUUGCUGGCAUUCUCUACUGGAAGCUUCCUGCAGUCAUCGGUUUGCUGUUCUCACUGGGUUGGGGAUGGUUCUGGUUUGCGCCGCUGGCAGUACAAGGACUGAAGAAAUUGUUUGUUUUCUUCAAUUGGCAUCGAUUUGCUUCUGGUUUUGAUACCGACAACGAUUCCCUGACACAAACUGCUCUGCUAUUUUCGUCCAGAGGUCCACGUCCGCGAACGGUUCGUGCUCCACAGGGCGAUGCUGGUAUCAACAUUUUGCCAGAUUAUGCUGUUUCCACGACAGACAGUGGAGCAAACGUUCUCCUGCCUGCUCCUUUAAACGAUGGCACGGACGCUACACAACGAACGACGGCGUGGCUUAACGUGCUGUUGCUUAUUGUGCUUGGGUUUUUCUACACGAUGAUGCUUCUCCGAUUCUUCAAAUUUUUCCACAAUUUUUGCACGUCUCUGUGCUCUGCAUUUUUUGUUAUGGCCGCCUACGGCGAAAUCUGCGUGUCGCUGCGAUACGGUAUGCGCCCGGGUUACACUACUGGAGGGGGUUCGGAUACGCCAAGCAUAGUGCCGAUGGUAAUAUUUGAUUCAUGCAAACCCAAACCGAAGAUCAUGAUUUUGUCGAGCAAAUUUUUACAUCAUGCAUUCGAGUUUUAAGCUUGGCCUACUUGAACUCAGUAAGUUGCUGCUGAAAGUAAGUUUCAAUCAAUAAGUUUCAAUAUGAUAUCCAGGUAGUGCCAGAUCGAGAAGUGUUUCUGGGUGUUUUUGAGUACGACCUUAUCGCGCCGUUCAUUUUCUUGCGCAACCUGACAAAACGGAAUGAGUUGUACGCAGUGUGGCAGGAUUUCUGGAAUUCAGCGAUUGCAUGCGAAAAUUGGCCCUUUUGUUGGUUCUCCAAGAUACGCACAGGACUGAGAGCAUGCUACGGUAAGGUUUUAUUGAAGAUCAUGCCAUUGCCAACAUACAGUUACUCUUACCGUUACGCUUAAGAAAGUACAUCAACAACAUCAUUAUUUAUAUAUUCAUUACCAUCGUGCUUUUUAUCCUCAGAGGACAAUGAACAGCCUCAGAACCUCUAUUUCUUCUACUACUUUUGAGUUUGACAGUGGAGAAGAGGUCUAUUAAUCGAAAUCUUCUACUUCUCACUAAACCUAUGUCUUCGAACCAGAUGUAGAGCGCAGCGACACUCGUCGUGUGACCGCUCGAAAUUCAGAUUGGGGUGCGUGGUUUCUCAUGGGGUGCGUUUUCCUUUUCGCGUUUCUUGUGAGCUACCGAUUGCACGCAAAGGAGGACGUGCGAGAGGAGAGAGCCGAAGAAGCCACAGAGCGUGAAGAGAAGCUGGAGGCACUACGUAAACGCCGCGAGGAUGAUAGGCGAGCUAAGAGCAACAAAAGACUUUCGCAUCUUUUUAGCGACAGUGACCCCGAUGAGUUUGACAAUCAUCCAGACGGACUUGUGCAAGAACAGGGACACGGACACUACGCAUUGCAGCGUGGUACUGUGAGCUACAAGCAGAACGGUCAUGGCAGACCGCCGCGGCCGCCUAGUGGGACAAGAAGCAGUACCAGAGCUCCACAGGAACUACAUCAUCUUCAAGGUUGCUAUCAAGAAGAUGCGUACACGAAAAAUGAUCAGGAUCGCUACCAAAGUACGAAACCUGGCCGAAGAAGACAAAGCUCGUCGCGCAGAUCACAGAGAAGCGCAGCUGACAUGACGAGACCACAAAAUUGUGUUAUACCAAUACCUCCCUCUUCAUCUACAAACUCACGGGCAGCUGCAUCUCCGCCACCAAUCCGCACAAGCAAAGCGGGGAGUGCAUACAGCGUGCAGCGCAAAUGACAGGAGAAUCCGGUAAAGCGCGGACGCGGAGGUGCGAACUUUCCUAGCACUUACCACCUACAUACGACGAAUCACAAGCACAACUGAAACUGAUCAUGGUGCUUUUGCAAAGCCAUGCUCCAGUAAUCACUACAGGAUUUAAACAGGAUCCUGAAGCUGCAUCAAUACUAAUACUUAAUGAGACCCCCAUAAAAUGAGAAUGACAAUCACAAUUCGACGAGAUAAUGGCAUGAAAAUUUGGAAAGCUGACGACAGAAUCAAUGUACGAGGACUUUGUUUGUCUAAGAUUCAAGAACCACAAUCCGAAUGCUUGCGAUUAUCCCCCUCUAUCUCCGAGCUGGCAGAAUGAUUUUCGCAAACUCAUCUGCAUACCUACCAUACCAUCCAGUUUCGGACACACGAUUUGAAGAAUGAAAAUUAAUGCUACUGAAGAUGAAUCAUAUUUUGUAAUAGUAGCGAUCUACGAUCUCGAAUGUUUUUUACUGGUUUGAGUUGCUCGAUGAUGAUCUGACUGGUCGCAAGAUACACCUCCAAAAGUCACGUACAGCAUGUUGCGAUCAUGUGUUGUAUUAGAAUUCUUCAUGCCACUGAUGAAG